AGGGAGGCAGAGAGAAGACAGCAGCACAGGACGCACUUGCACACCAUGGCUCCUGGACACACACUAUUCCAUGGCUGCUGCGCCCUGGGGAUCCUGCUGCUCAGCACCGCCGGGACAGCGUUCUCUCAGGAGGUCCAGGCCGAGAAUGUGACGGUCAACGAAGGCGGGACGGCGGAGAUCAGCUGCCGACUGCACCAGUACGAUGGAUCAAUUGUGGUCAUCCAGAACCCUUCCCGUCAGACCCUCUUCUUUAAUGGCACACGUGCUUUAAGAGACGAGCGGUUUCAGCUGGUGGAGUUCACUCCGAAACUGGUGAAGAUCCAUCUGUCCAAUGCCAAGCUGGAUGAUGAAGGCGGUUACUUCUGCCAGCUGUAUACAGAGGACACGCACCACCAGAUCGCCACGCUCACCGUGCUCGUUCCUCCAGAGAACCCAGUGGUGGAGGUGAAGGAGCAGGCGGUGGAGGGAGGAACGGUGGAACUUAUCUGCUCCGCGCCCAGGACAAAGCCAGAAGCUACGCUGAGGUGGUCGGACCGCAAGGAGCUAAAAGGAGUGACCAGCAAACAGGAGAACAUCAAGACUUUCAGCAUAACCAACAGCAUUCAGUUUCCUGUGGAACGGCGGGAUAACGGAAUAGUCACCUGCGAGGCCUCGCACCCCGCCUUAAAGGGCCAGAAGAAGCAAACGCAAUACGUGCUGGACGUUCAGUUUUCCCCGACAGCUCGAAUCCAAGCCUCUCAGAGCCUGGUGAGGGAGGGCGACACACUGACCCUGAAUUGUGACCUAACCGGGAACCCCAGGCCGGAUGACAUCAUCUGGAGCCGUCUUAAUGACACAUUACCGGAACGAGCUCAAGUCCAGGGUGAACUCCUGACAUUUCCAUCUCUCAGCCUGCAAGACAAUGGAACCUACACCUGCCAGGUCUCCAACAAGCAUGGCCGUUCCUCUGACCAAUACGUGCUGGUUGUGUACGGUGAAUCCGGAGCGAUCAUCGAAGCCCAGACUCAAGUCCCUUAUGCGAUCAGUGGCAUCUUGGCACUUCUGGUCUUUCUCGUCAUCUGCGUCCUCAUUGUCAUGGUCUGGUGUUCUGUCCGGCAAAAGGUAAGAAAAGGCUCAUACCUGACUCACGAAGCCAGCGGACUGGACGAGCACGGAGAAGCCCGAGAAGCGUUUCUAAAUGGAGGCGAAAACCACAAGAGGAAGGAGGAGUUUUUUAUUUAA